AUGGGAAAUUCCUGUUCAAAUAACAAAAGUUUUUAGAAUAAAAAAGAUAAAAUCUCUUAGCAAGGUAAUUAGGAUAGUGCUGAAUAAUAAAAGACAAAAAAUGGUUAAACUGAGAACCAAAAUAUUAUCUAAGAAUAUGAAUGCACAUAUUGGCAUUCCAAUUAACAUAGAUGGAUUUAGAAAAAUUGCAAAAUAACUCUUUGUAGAUAAAAAGAAAUUAUAUACAUUAUUGAUGGAUCAAUACAUAGAAUGUAAAUAAUUUAAAUUAAAUAUUUAGAGAAAAAUUUUUAGACUCUUUACAGAGACCUGAAGUUUUUACUAAUUUUGAAUAAAUCUAAUAUCUUUAAUGGUAUGGAAAUUAUGGUUAGAAUCUUAAGAAGGUUGGAAAAUGGAUUGCUUAUUGGAAAGGAAAAUAUCUCUCUUAAGUUGGUGGAUAUUCAGAGGAUGGGUCGAAGUAAGGUAGUUGGAAGGAAAUCAUGAAUCAGUUUUGUGGGUAAAUUAUUAAUUAAGUUCAAUAAUAGCAAAUGUUAGGUAUUCGAACUUGGAUAAUACUAAAAUAAUUAGAAAAGUGGAUUAUGGAUAUAUUUUUAUGGGAAUAAAAAGAUGUAUUAUUAUUGAGUUUAAGAUUUAGUGGAGGUGGAUUCUACAAUGAGCAAGCUUAAAAGAAAGGUUAAUGGAUAGAGUUAAGUGAGAACUUUAAUGAUGAAGCAUAAGUUAUGUAUAGGGGUGAAUAUAAAAAUGGAUAGAAGCUUGGUAUAUGGGAUAUUUUGGAUAAAAAUCGGAAUAUGUAAUAAUUUCAUAUUUAGUUUAAUAAUAAUUUUUGUGUGUGUGUUUUCAGUGGUGGUGGAUUAUAUGAUGAAGGAAGUGAUGGAGUUAAGUUGGGUCUUUGGGUGGUAAUAUUGAAUGGUUUUAACAAUUAUUCUUAAGUAAUUAAUUUACAAAGGUAGGUAUUAAAAUGGUAAAAAAGUUGGUAGAUGGGAUGUUUAGUUUCAGGAUGUUUAAGAAAAUAAAUAGAUGUAAAACUACAUUAUAUAUUUAUAAUAAUAAAAAUAAUUUGUGGGUUUUCAGUGGGGGCGGUUCAUAUGAUGAAGGAGGUCAUGAAGUUAAGUGGGGUAAUUGGGUAGAAAUUUUGGACGGAUUUUGUUGUAAUUGUUAAGUAACACACAAUGGUGAGUAUAAAAAUGGCAAAAAAAUUGGUAAAUGGGAUAUUUGGUUAUUGGAUAGUUAAGAAAAUUAAAAGAUGUAAAAAUAAAUUAUAAGAUUUUAAUAAUAAUUUGCUUGUGUAUUUUUAGUGGUGGAGGAUUAUAUGAUGAAGGAGGUGUUGGUAUUAAAGUAGGUAAUUGGGUUGAACUAUUGGAUGGAAAUAGAUGUGUUGCUUAGGUAACAUAAAAGGGUCAAUAUAAAAAUGGUAAAAAAGUUGGUGAAUGGGAUAUUUUGUAUGAAAAUCAAAAGAUGUAAAAUAUUUAAUUUGAUAAUAUUCCUAUUUAAAUAGUAGUGGUGGAUAAUAUGAUGAAGGAUGUAAUGGAAUUAAGAUAGGAAGGUGGAUUGAUUUGGAUGACGAAUUUUAUUAUAAUAAAUAAGUAAUUUAUAAGGGUGAAUAUGAUAAUGGCAAAAAAAUUGGCAGAUGGGAUAUUGAGUACAGGAAUGACAGUAAUAGUCAAUUCUUUAAAAUGUAAAUAUAUUAUAUAAAUUUUUCAUAUGUGCAACUGAUUUCAGUGGUGGUGGAUUAUUCGAUGAACGCGGCAAUGAAUUAAAGAUUGGCAAGUGGAUUGAUUUGGAAGAAGGAUUUUAUUAUUUCAAACUAAUAACUUGUAUUGGUAAAUAUGAUAAUGGAAAAAAAAUUGUCACAUGGGUGUCAAUGGAAUAAAAAUGGAAUAAAAUGAAUGAGGGAUUCAAAAAAAUCAACGAAUGGAAAUAUGAUAAAUGA